UCCUGUUUUGACUGCAGCACGUGAGCCUCCGCCGCGGUACAUGGAGUCCCUGCAGGAUCAGCUGGAGAAGGGAUGUCCAGGAAACGAGCAGCGGAGCCGGAGUCUGGAUCCAGUGACUCCCCGGAGAGGAAGCGGACCUGCUGGGGGGUUCUGAUCAGCCAAGGUUCCUGGGCAGAUCGCUCUCCACUUCAUGACGCAGCCUCUCAGGGUCGCCUCCUGGUCCUACGCAGGCUGCUGGCUGAGGGAUAUCAUGCAAACAUCAACACCAUCGAUCAUGUGACGCCCCUCCAUGAAGCUUGUCUGUCAGGACACGUAGCGUGUGUAAGAGCGUUACUAAGUGUUGGAGCUAAUGUGAAUGCUGCCACCAUCGAUGGUGUCACUCCUCUAUACAACUGCUGUGCCUCAGGGAAUGUGGCCUGCAUGGAGCUGCUGCUGCAAAGCGGAGCGCACACCCACGCACGUCACACACACUUCCCUUCACCUUUGCAUGAAGCCUGCAAGAGAGGAAACAGCCAGUGUGUGGAGUCCCUUCUGUCUCAUGGAGCAGAUCCAGACUACCAGCUCCCCCACCUGGGCUCUCCUCUCUAUGUCAGCUGUCUGCACCGACACACCGCCUGCUCCAAGAUGUUGUUGGACAGAGGAGCCAGUGUUAAUGCAGGCAGAGGAGGUGAAAGCCCUCUACAUGCAGCUGCCAGACAGGACUGUGCAGAUCUGGUGUCGGUUCUACUGGACCAUGGAGCUGAAGCUAAGCUCAGAGACGGUAACGGACGGCGGCCUGUAGAUCUAGCCCCCCCUGGUGGAGAGACGCACCAGCUCCUUGUGGCAUUUGAAGGUUCCCCCCGGAGUCUCUGCCAGCUGUGUCGUCUGCGGAUCAGGGAUAUGAUGGGGCCAACCAGGAUCAAGCUGCUUCCUCUGCUCCCACUUCCUUCACUUCUUACUCGAUAUCUGGAGCACAUGUAGAGCAACACAGGCUGCAU